AUGACGGCAGAGAUACGGAGCAAUCUAUAUGUAGACAACCUCUUCUUCGGUGCACAGUCGUCCCAUGAAGCACUUACCAAAUAUGUCCAUACGAAAAAUCUCUUUCGCGAACUCAAUAUGAAUCUUAAAGAGUAUCGCUCUAAUGAUGAACACUUUAAUAAAGCCAUCGAAGAAAGCGAUAGGAUGCAGUCCACGUGCCCCAAGGUCCUAGGCAUUCCAUGGAAUUCGGAGACAGACAAAUUUUUUAUCAAAGGAUCCAUGCUCGUCUCAAAAGAAAGGAUUACUAAACGCACAGUCACGCAGCAACUAGCGUCGGUAUAUGAUCCAUUGGGAUUACUGGUACCUUUACUACUUCCUGCCAAAAUCUUUCUGCAGUCACUCUGGAAGGAGGAAUUGGAUUGGGACACCGCCCUCAACCCAUCACUGCAGGACCAAUGGCGACAGAUAUCCACCGAGAUAUCGACAUUCUAUAAAGAGGUACACAGGCAAAUUCUUACAACAGAUAAGAAGACACGACUGGUCGUAUUCACAGACGCUAGCCAAUGCGCGAUAGCGGCAUGUGCGUAUCUCACCACAGAAGAUGAAUCCAAUCUCGUUAUGGGGAAAUCAAAACUACCAUCAAUAAAAACGUCGAUGACGAUACCAAAGUUAGAAAUGAACGCAGUGAUGCUCGGCGUACGAAUGUCCCACUUCAUCUGCACAGAACUACAAUCCGUCUGCAAGAUGGAAAAUGUCAUAUACUACACAGACUCAGACGUCGUACUGGGAUGGAUAAAAUCCCCUCCAACCCGGCACACCGUAGGAGUCCUGGUUACGAAUCGACUGACGGAAAUAAGACGCAUAACCAGUGAUCUCGGAAACAGGAAUAUAAAGUGUUUCUUCGGACAUAUCAAGACGUCGGAGAAUCCUGCUGACUGCGGAUCCAGGGGGCUGACAGCAGGAGCACUGAGUGACCACACAUGGUGGAAAGGACCAAGCUUCAUAAACAAAGUGGAUUACGCUACACUUACCGAAAUAGAGAAAGAUGAAGAAGUAAUAACAGCGACAUUGGACUCAAUUGCGCACAUAUCCACAGAACAGCCCAAUGACCAAAUAAUAGACUUGACAAGAUACAGCUCUCUUGAGAAGGCACAGAGAGUAUUGGUCUAUGCACUACGCUUCAUAGGAAAAUCUUCCAUUCACUUCACCGAAGAAAGGAAAACAGAAAUUCAAAGGAACAUACCAGCAUUGAAAGUGAUUUCAAGGUCGCAGAACAUCACAGGAGCAGAAAUGCACGAAAGCAGAAUGUGCAUAAUUCGAGACCAUCAAAAACACUAUGUGGAUGAGCACAUGAUAAAAUCACAAAAGGAGUUGAACAUCCGUGAAGAUGAGCAAGGAGUGCUGCGCUGCAACGGAAGACUCAAGAAAGCCGAUAUAUCACUAACGGCAAGAACACCGAUAUAUAUCGCACCAAAAACAGCGCUAUCGUAUCUCAUCAUCACAGAGGAAAAGCCCGGGAAGCUGAGAUCCAAUCAGGCUGCACAGCAUGCUCGUCACUUAAAAACUACACAGAAUUUGAUCUUUGUCCGUCCGAAAAGAAUUGCUCAGCUCCUAUUCUGA